AUGGCAGAGAAACGAGACUCUUCCGCAUCAACGACGGCUUUGCCUCGGCCUACAACCAUCACCCUUCCUCCUAGGCCGUCGAUGGAUACUUUCUUCUCCGGCGGGCUGAGCCCGGGUCCCAUGACUUUGGUCUCAAGUUUCUUCAAUGACAGUUACCAGGGCGGUGGAGAAGAUUGCCGGUCCUUCUCCCAGCUUCUCGCUGGAGCUAUGGCUUCUCCGCUUGCUAGGCCUCCCUUUUACCCUGACUUUUCUCCCCAAAACCCUCCUUCCACAGCCGCCGGCGGUGGCUUGUCUUCUACACAAGAUGCUGCUGCUGCGGCUGGAAGUGGUGGGUUUGGGUUCAAGCAGAGCAGGCCUAUGAAUUUAAUGGUUCCUCGGUCUCCUCUAUUUACGGUUCCACCUGGGCUGAGCCCUUCUGGGUUGCUUAAUUCACCUGGGUUCUUCCCUCAGUCUCCCUUUGGGAUGUCACACCAACAAGCUUUGGCACAGGUGACAGCACAAGCUGCACUCGCUGCUCAAUCUCAGCAUGUGCACAUGCAAGCCCAAUAUCAACCUUAUUCAGGGACCACUCCAUUGCAAGUAGCGCCAAUCCAACCAUCUUAUACUGCUGAGGAUUCACAGUGGCAGAUGCCACCCACAACUUCUAACCCUCAAACUACUGCGGUGGAGCCAUCUUCUGAGGUUUCUCAUUCGGAUAGGAAAUAUCAGCCACCUCCUGUUGCUGCUGCUGCUGCUGCUACCGCUACUGCUGAUAAACCUGGCGAUGAUGGCUAUAACUGGAGAAAAUAUGGGCACAAGCCAAUUAAGGGCAGUGAAUUUCCGAGGAGCUACUACAAAUGCACACACCCAAGCUGCCCUGUCAAGAAGAAAGUAGAGCGUUCCAGAGAAGGUCAGAUAACUGAAAUCAUCUAUAAAGGUCAACAUAAUCAUGAGCUUCCUCAAACGAAUAAGCGUGCCAGGGGCGACAACAGUGUUCAAAAUGUGACCAUCAGUUCACAGGCUAAAAGUGAACCUGUUACACAAGCUCAGCUUGGUGAUACUAAUAAACUUGAUCAAAGUGCACCGCCUUAUUCCGGGGAUGGUAGGGAUAAAGGAUCCAGUCAAAUGAACUUUGUAGAACAACCUGAACCUAGUGGCUGUGGGGAAGCUGCUGGCGAUUCAAUAGCAAUUGAACAAGAUGGAGCGGAUGACGCUCCUAAUCCAAAGAGAAGGCAAAUGGAUGCGGCAACAUCCGAGGUAGCUUUAUCUCACAAAACAGUGACAGAGGCAAAAAUCAUUGUUCAGACAAGAAGUGAAGUUGAUCUUUUAGAUGAUGGCUUCAGGUGGCGCAAGUAUGGCCAGAAAGUUGUGAAAGGGAACCCACAUCCUAGGAGCUACUACAAAUGCACGAGCGCAGGAUGCAAUGUCCGUAAGCACGUGGAGAGAGCUGCAGCCGACCCCAAGGCCGUUAUAACUACGUACGAGGGGAAGCACAAUCACGACGUCCCUGCAGGGAGAAACAGUGGCGCUAAUACAGCUGCACAAUCGAGGCUUCAAAGCACGGCGGUUUCUCAACCGCAGCAGCAGGCUGCACCCGUUGAAGGUGUGAAUUUUGUGAACAACAAUAACGAGGAGCAAAGACCAGUGCUUCUUAGGCUCAAAGAAGAGGAAGUUGCCGUUUAA